GCGGAGCCACGUCGGCGCCGCUGGGUGAGGCCUGGCUCCGACGGGGCCCGUGGGGUCUGCAGGGCCCGGGGCCGGUUACAGCGGUUCUGCCCUUCACAACGCAGACAUGGCGGCCCCGAAGGACCAGCAGAAGGAGGCCGAGGCCGAAGGGCUGAGCGCCACGACCCUGCUGCCGAAGCUGAUUCCGUCCGGCGCCGGCCGCGAGUGGCUGGAGCGGCGCCGGGCGACCAUCCGGCCGUGGGGCGCCUUCGUGGACCAGCGGCGUUUCUCGCGGCCCCGCAACCUGGGCGAGCUGUGCCAGCGCCUGGUCCGCAACGUGGAGUACUACCAGAGCAACUACGUGUUCGUGUUCCUCGGCCUCAUCCUGUACUGCGUGGUGACGUCGCCCAUGCUGCUGGUGGCCCUGGCCGUCUUCUUCGGCGCCUGCUACAUUCUGUACCUGCGCACCUUGCAGUCCAAGCUCGUGCUCUUCGGCCGUGAGGUGAGCCCAGCCCAUCAGUACGCUCUGGCCGGAGGCGUCUCCUUCCCCUUCUUCUGGCUGGCUGGGGCCGGCUCCGCUGUCUUCUGGGUGCUGGGGGCCACCCUGGUGGUCAUCGGCUCCCACGCCGCCUUCCACAAGGUGGAGGCCGUGGACGCGGAGGAGCUGCACAUGGAGCCCCUGGAGCCCGUGUGAGGCGUCAGCGAGGCCCCGGCCGGCGCCCGCCCUUGCCCACCGCCCGCCCUUGCCCACCGCCCACCGCCAGCACGUGCCCCAUGUCAGGGGGUGGCUUCCCGAAAUAAAGCUGUGACGCUGUUACACGGCACGUGGCC